AUGGCGGAUGGAUGCGCGGACGCGGGCGCGGGCGCGGCGGCGGACGCGGUGGCAGAGGCGGAGGCGGGCGCGAUAGAGAACGCGGCGCGCGGCGCAGCGCUCGAAAGGGCAUAUGUGCACGAUGUCUACGAACAAGCGGGCGAGGACGGCGACGAAUCACCAAGGGCUCCCGCGCCUGGCGUUCAGGCCUUCCUCUCAGAUCUCGACCCUGGAAGCCUUGUUUGCGAUGUCGGGUGUGGCAACGGCAAAUACUUAAGCGUGAAUCCGUCAGUGUUUUCGGUGGGCGGUGAUCGGUGCACGCGACUCGCUGCGCACGCGCGGCAUCACAACAAUGAGGUGGUGGUAUGCGACAACUUAUGCUUACCUUUCCGCGACGAGUCAUUCGAUGCGGUGCUGUCGAUCGCGGUGGUACACCACUUCGCGACCGUCGAGCGCCGCGCGAUGGCUCUGCGCGAGCUGGCCAGGGUCACCCGGAUCGGUGGUCGGUUGCUGCUCACCGUUUGGGCUAUGGAGCACGAGGGGAGAAACUUCCAUUCACAGGAUGUCCUGAUACCCUGGCACAGACCGGCCACUUUAUGUCCACCUACACCAACUCCGAGAUUCUUGUCAGUUGAUCAUGAUCACAAUAUCGAGCCAUGGAAAAGUAGAGACGGAUCUCCUGGUUCGUCGUCGCUUUCAUCGCCUAACGAAACUUGCUAUUCGUUUGUAAGAAGAGCACUACAGCGACUAGCUGGCCGCCGUUCUUUUCUGCCGUCAUGGAACAUGGGUACUCGAGUACAAUCACGCCCAUGUUCCUCCCGACCGGAACCACCGGCAGCAGACUUACCAAUUGAGUUGCGACGACUAGACGACGCUGUUCCACCAAGAUUGAUCACACAAUCUUCUGAAUCGUCCACGAUGAAGUCGAGAAGCCUCACCGACAUAGCGGAUAUGGAACGUCGAGCGCUUGUACGAUCACGGUCUAGUCUGCCCAGUCUGGUAAUUGAUGAAAAUGAUCCACCCUUAGAAGAAACCCCAGUACUAGAGAUUAACGAGCCGCGAAAGAAGCCGCGGCUUGUUAAACAAAAGAAAUCCAUAAACGAAGAUGACGCAGAUGAAGAUCUCGAUAAGCCCACAGAUAUGAAAAGUCUUGUCGAAGAAAUGCCUAAUUUCAAGAUACAUACUUAUAGAUUACAAUCCAAAAAGCCCGGUGUAUUCAAACAGACAUCACUUAAUGAAGAAUUAAUGUCAGUGGAAAGAUUGAGAGAAAAAGAACGUCUACGAAAAAACAUACAAAAACAAGCUUCUUUAAACGAAGAGUACUUAUAUCGACGUCCAGGAGCGUUGGACUCAAUUCGAGAUUCAAUUUUUUCUACAUCGGCGACGACUGCAAAAAAAUUUCAAUCUCUAAAAAACGGCCUCACUAGUAAGUUCAAAACGUCGACAACGAAUAUAGAUAAAGUAACCGUGUUCGUGAGAAUGCUUCAGGGCUGGAAAAAUCACGGACCGGUACCAGAAGUUCCUACGCCUAAUGAUAAUAAUUCAGGAAAUGAGAAAAUUUACCCGGAACGACGACAUUCUAAAGAAGACGGGUCAGAUUCAUCAAAAGAUAGCAGUCUUCAAAGUGAUACUAGUGUUGAUUCAGAAGACAGCUUUGCAUCUGUAAUAUAUGUUCCUAAAGCUGAUGGAUCCGGAGAUCCACUAUCACCGACUCCACUUUCCCCAGGGCCAACAUCGCCGCGGUUAAAAGUAUCUUCAGUUCCUACCUCUCCAAGAAUGAAAAGUUCGCCAGGAUUACCUUCUCCGAGGAUUAAACAAGCUUUUCCGCUAAUACGUCCACCACCAUCACCAAAUUCAGUUCAAGCUCCAACAGCCGUUAAUAAAAUAUUAGUUGCUCAAUACAGUUUAAAGAAUUACUCAACAAGUACGGUUUGUGCUGUUCCUUUGAAACCUCAAUCGAAGAGUCAACCAAAUUCUCCGCCAAAAUCUGAAUCUGAUGAAAAUAUACUUAAAUCGGAACUUAUACCAAUAAUAAAUAAAAAUAUAUCUGUGGAGGUAUUCGAAGAAAUUGACCCUAUUCCUCCUAUAAAAGAAGAGGAAGAAACACCAACGGAAGUAACAAAAGAACUUAUAGCAGAAAUCAAUAAAGACAUAGAAGAAAUACACAAACUAACAGCUGAAACUAAUCAACUUAAACCCAGAGUUAUUCUACAGGAUGUGAAACCAUACCCAAAAAUAACAUUACAAACAGUUGCAGAAUUACCCGAAAUACCUCAAUUUAAACAAAAAGUGCCAAAUAAACCUUCUACAGUUGACACUUUAGACUCAAGAUCUGUGGAAAAGAAAAGAAAAGAGAGAAUUCGACAAAUAAAAGAAAUGCUGAAUAAAGGUAUUCCCCCUGUAAAUAUAAAUAGGAGACAACACUUUCCAAUAGUUCGCACUACAAGUAAAGCAGAACCGAUUGCUAAAAGUCGACCUACAUUAAUGUCAUUAGAACUUUUUAACCCAGCAACGGAUGAUGUAGACAGCGACUCAAGUGGCGUAUCUUCACCAGACUCAAUCGACAGUGUUAUAAGUGUUGUACCUGAUGAACUCCGCAAAACUGCAGUAGAAAAAGAUUUACCAACCCUUGUCUUAGAAGGAAAUAAAGAAGGACCCACCACGGAGAAGACGUCUUGUACAUCUACAGCCCCACAAAGUCUGAUAGAGGCUGCAGCAGAAGUAGCUCAUUCCCUAGAUGAAGCUUGUGAAACAGUCAUUCAGUGUAGUCCAAGAUCUAAAAGACGACAUUUAGAAAAACUUGAAAGUGCGGACGCUAUUGCCAUCAUUCAAGGUAACUCAAGUAGCAGCAGCAGUAGUUGGAGCCUGAACAAACUUUCGCCAGGUGAUUUGAGAUUAUUGGAAGAUAAGUCUAGAUCUCAAUCGCAUACCAGCUCCAGUGGUAGUUCUUCUAGUCUAGAACGUCUCUCACCAGGAAGAAGGUCAAAAGAUCGGUCACCGAAACAAGGUAGUACUAGCAACUCUACAUGGAGUUUGAAUAGGUUAUCACCAAAUAGACCCGAAGGACGUUCUCUAGAUGAGAACUUAAGUAAAAGCCAUCGAAGCCCUACAAGAUUGCCUUAUGACUCGGUAUCGAUAUCAAGCACCGAUUCGGAAAAGUCCAUUUCAAAAUCUGAAAGUUUUAAUAGGAUUCAAAAUGAACCUUUAAUAACUUGUAAAUCAGAUAUGUUAGCAAAAGAAGAUGAUUGGGUAACGAAUCAACAGGAUAGAAAUCAACAUCUGACAGAAUUUGCUGAAAAAUUGAGUGAAAAAUUAUUACAAGAAAUAGACCAAUAUUCUAAGCGUAUAAACGAAGAAGAUUUCGAUUUGCCAAGCAGCAGUAGCAGUGAAAAAAGUAUCUCUCUCAGACUAAAACGAGAAGAGGAAGACAGGAAUACACAAAAAAUAUUAGAUGAACUUUCCGACAGUUUACAGCACUUAGAAGAUCCAUACAUAAAUAAACUGAGUAAUGAAAUGCAAGGUUUAAACAAACUGAGCGCUGAAAUUCAGGAGAGAACUAAAUACAUAGCAUCUAUGAACGAUACACAAGAGACUGAUAUCAACAAACUGUUCCCUAAAUGUGGUACUAAAACAAAAAGCAAAAAGAGAUCAAAAGAUGUGGACCCAAUUAUUAACAAAUACAGAGAACUAAAAAAGUCAAUGAAAGUUACUAGCGAUGAAGAUAUAUUGCUUAAUAAUUGUACUAAUAUACAAUAUAAUAUAAAAUCAUUAGUAGAUGAAAAAUUACCUGAAACUGAAAUAAAAAAUCCGGAUGAUGACAGUGCUAUAUCAUCAAGUAAUGGGAACCCUGAGAUUACCAUUGAUUCCGGUGCUUAUGACACCAGCCAAUCACUUGAAACGGGAUACUCAUUAGAAUCAGAAAUAAGCGUAGACUCUCUAUGUACCAGCACUGACAAAAGAUCUUCGCUAAAGGUUGGACAGUCAACCGAUUCCAGUGAUUUGGAUAAAAUGGAAAUAAGCCCAGAAUCUAUAACAUCAAGGUCUAGUACAAGUACCGCACCUUUAAAAUCAGGCUUCUCAAUAGAAUCAAGUGAUACAUCCGCCGGUAGUGAUUGGAGUAGGCGAGACAAGACAGGAAGUACAGCGUCUCUCGGUUGUGCUAGUUUAGCUUCACUCCCGUCUUAUAGCGAAUGCUCGAAAGAUAGAAAAUCACUGGAAACCCGGUCAUCGUCCGAAGAUACAGCUACAGUGCCGGCUAUUCCCUCCCGCGCUGUACCGCAUGCACCUCUUCUUCCAUCAUUAAGUGACGGUUCAGAUAGCCUACCCUCAGAAGGAGGUGCAGUCACAUACCACAGAUAUUACCAUGUGUUCAAGAGAGGAGAAUUGGAUCAACUUAUAGAGAAAUAUGUGGAAAGUCUUCAUGUCGUAUCGUCAUACUACGAUCAGGCCAGUUGGUGUGUCGUAGCAGAAAAAGUACAAGUGUGGACCAUUUAG